CCCAGCGUCCCUUGCGCCCAGCUGAAUGGGGGAAGUCGCAAGAUGGCGGCGAACGCGAACUCUGCCGGUGGCGGCGGGAGCCUCCCGCUCUUUGACUGUCCGAGCUGGGCAGGAAAACCUCCACCAGGGCUGCACCUGGAUGUAGUCAAAGGAGACAAGCUGAUUGAGAAACUGAUAAUUGAUGAGAAGAAAUACUAUCUCUUUGGGAGAAACCCUGAUCUGUGUGACUUCACCAUUGAUCACCAGUCCUGCUCCCGGGUCCAUGCUGCCUUGGUCUACCACAAACAUCUGAAAAGGGUUUUUCUUAUAGAUCUCAACAGCACACAUGGCACGUUUUUGGGCCAUAUUCGUUUGGAACCUCACAAGCCUCAGCAGAUUCCCAUUGACUCAACGGUUUCAUUUGGCGCCUCCACACGGGCUUACACUUUGAGAGAAAAGCCUCAGACGUUGCCCUCCGCUGUGAAAGGAGAUGAGAAAAUGAGCACUGAGGACGAUGAGCUGAAGGGACUGCUUGGCCUGCCUGAGGAGGAGACGGAGUUAGAUAACUUGACUGAAUUUAACACAGCCCACAAUAAGAGGAUCUCCACGUUAACCAUAGAAGAAGGGAACUUGGACAUCCAGCGACCAAAGCGAAAACGGAAAAACUCAAGAGUAACGUUCAGUGACGAUGAUGAGAUCAUCAAUCCAGAGGAUGUGGACCCUUCUGUUGGGCGAUUCAGAAACAUGGUACAGACUGCAGUUGUCCCGGUGAAGAAAAAACGAGUGGACAACUCAGGUUCCCUGAGCACAGAUGAGUCCGUCACACGGCGCAUGCAGAGCUUUCCCUACAGUGGAGGAUUGUAUGGCGGCCUGCCUCCAACUCACAACGAGACGGGUGCCCAGUCCCAUAGCAUCCACGGCACAGCGCUCAUCGGGGGCCUGCCGAUGCCCUACCCUAACCUUGCCCCUGAUGUGGACUUGACUCCAGUUGCGCCCUCCACAGUCACUAUGAACCCAGCUCCCAACCCAGCCGUCUUUAAUCCCGAAGUUGUGAAUGAACCCAAGAAAAAGAAGUAUGCGAAAGAGGCAUGGCCAGGCAAGAAGCCCACUCCUUCUCUCUUGAUCUGAGUUGUGGAGAGUUCAGGUGUGCGUGUGUGUUGCGGGGGUGAGUUAAGCGAGCAGGAAACCGAACUGUACAAGCAUCACAGGCAUUUUUCAGGCUCGGGACCUAACUGUGCUCUAGACAAGCAACAGGGCUGAGUUACUCCUCAAGAUCGACCUUCAAAACUGUUCUACCAAUGUCAACAAAGAAGCAAAGGUGGCCACAAAUAUAUCUCUCAAUGCCUGUGGAACCCCACUGCUUUGUUUGCGGCCCUUUUUUCUUCUGUAGCCCAGCCAUUCUAGUUCCAUGGUUAUUUCACUCUUGACGGUUUGAGGGGUGCUCUGUGGGGUAAUGUGCAGGUAGGGCAUUCGUGAUUUGAUCGUGAAGUUGCAGAACCAAUACAAUGCAGAGUACCUAGGCCCAAUUUCACCUGCUGCUCUCCAAUGAAACUCUCCUCCUCCAAAGAAGGAACAGGCCAGGCCAGAAUUGAAAACAGGUCUACGACUGAAUCAGCCUCCUUUAAGUCAGAAAACAAAUUCCUUUUAUAUCUCAGGACCAGCAAAAUGCAUUUUAGUCUGCCGCCUUGUGGCCAAGGUACAUGCAUUAGCCGCUGAAAAGACAGGAAGCAUAGUGAAAUAGGAAAUAAGGACCGAAUGAAUUAGCUUCUUCUCAGCGUCCUAGACUGAAAGCACCAGAAGGAUAAGCCAAGGAAUUUCGCUUUUGAUCUUACCUUUCAAAUCUAGUUAGUGUGAGAUCCCUUCACAGACAACGACGCAGAAGCGGCAGCCCUCGGCUUUGUUAAAGGGGUUUACACUUUGGGAUGCAGACAGGACUUGCCAGCUGCUGUGGCUUGAUAAGAAAUUCUGCUCUGCCUUCGUUUUCUGCAGAAGAUUUUGGGCUGCUGGCUGCGUGUCUGGUUGCUUCCACGUGAGGAUGAUUUCCUGUUUGUGAACUCAUUGCCAGUGUGAAUGCAGAGCCAUUCACAUCAGCAAUGGUGCCGUUUAAGGAGCUCUUUGCGCUGUCCCCUCGCAUCUGCCUGCCCUCUCCCUGUCGCUGGCUUUUUGCUGAUUUUUUGAAAAAUCAGUAACAGGUAGAUCACUGUAGUGUAAUAACACUAUACAAAUAUACCCACUGCCAUUUUUUUAAAGCUAUCCAAAAGCCCGUGAGAAGUGAAAUUGAAGAAGAAUGGUGCCUGUCGAACACAGUGAGGUGUAGAAAUUGUACCUUUCUGUCUGCGCUUGAACCAAACCUGCUUUGAAUAUGAUCUUUCUGGAAAUAUGUCAAAGCCAGUUUGGGAAAAUAUGUAACAAAGCAGAGGAAGAUGUGGAAGGCUAAAUGACUGCACUAUAAUAUUGUGCUGAUGACAAAAAAAAAUUACAGUUUUUGUAUGUGGAAGGGUCCAGAGCAGAACCUCUGUGCGGAAGCAACUUCUGUUUGCUAAUCCAAAGCCAGCAUCUAGGAAAAAGUAGGUCACGUAACUGCUUUUUAUAACACGCACAGUUUCGUCAGGUGGGAAUGUUGUCCAAGCUAAAGCAGCCCUCACUCUCUCGUGCGCCGGGCAACACUUUUCACUUGCCUUAUUGGCUGAGUGGGACUAAGGCUUGACUAAGGCACUUUCCAAAUUCGAAAGUUACAGACUGUGCAGCUGCUCCAGAUCUGAAUACUGAAUACUGUGUAGGCUUUAAGGACAUAUGCAACCAGAGCUCUUUCAGUCCCAGUGUCCUGUGUUACCAUCCUAUUCAGGUGUCUCCAUAUCUGGACUCAGCCCCAGUUAAUCACACUGCCUGGUUGCCUCACUCUGCCUCUCCAGUUAUGUGUAAGAUGCCACCAGCAUCCAUGGCGGAUUGCCACUCCGCGUGGGACGAGACAGCAAACGGCAGAUGCAGCUCAGCUGAAGCUGAGCUCUUUGCUUUGUUGAUGGCAGCAGCAGAGUUUAGCAGCUCCAUUCCUCCAUUGGAAAGCAGUGGACCUUCACAGCAUUAACCCAGCCUGGUUGCGCGCUUGGUUUCAGAAGCGAAGCAGUACCCAAAGUUACCUCAUGUCUCCAAUAACUGUCAGGUUCAACAGGCAAUUUUUGAGCGGGAGGUUGAUUCAACACAAGUGCUGCUUCCCCAAAUUGAGACAGCAUUUAUUCUAUUGAGACGGAUGAAGUCUCAAAGUCGUCGUCACCAUCACCACCACCUCCUCCGGCCAUUUGCUUUUGUCUGUUUUCCCCGUGUUGUACAUAAAGGCCCUUUUGUGAAGCUGGAGCUAUUUUUUCUUUGUACGGCCAUAUAACGUUUUCUAAGGUUGUGGAAGCCAGUGGCUCGUGAGCUUUUAGCGUGUCAUCCUCCCAAGCCUCUUUCAGUAUCAUUUGCAACCUCUAAAUCUUCCAGAUAAUUUUACUUUUUCCAGUUUAACCUUUCCCAGGCUCGCAGACGAGCCUCGUUGCUUCUUCAGGAUAACAGCCGGUUGACAGCAGUUUGGCUUUUUUCCCCCCCUUUUCAAGAUUUCAAAAGAAAGAUUUUAAGUGACUUCCCUUGGGAAUUUUUACUGCUUGCUGGUCUCAGCUCCCCAGGGAUUGUUCAGACUUUUAACUUUCAGAUUUCUGAAGCCAGCCUUGGCUGGUCAGGGCCACAGGGUGGGGGGGAAGGGGGGGGGAAGCGGGUUAAAAAGAUGUGGGGCUCUGUACAGAAGUUUGUACAUUUGUGUAAUAGGCCUUUUCACACUGUUUUGGCUUUUUACCUGUAACCUUUACUACACUGUAAAUUAAAUGAACGUUUUGCCAAA